AUGGAAGGUCUUGAGCAAGAAAAUCAGGUCCUCCGUGCCGAAGUGAUAUCUUUGAAGACCAAGAUAGAGGAAUUGGAGUCCAUGAAGACCAAGAUGGAUGAGUUGUCUGAAUUGGUAAAAGUGCUGUCAACUGCACAAAAUCAACCACCACCACCUCCUCCCUUCCGCACUCAGGCCGAAGCAUCUUCCUCUGCUAUCCCCAAUUGGACAAUAUGUGCUGACACUCCGACAUACUCUGCUCCACAACGUUCCGCGCCUUGGUUUCAACCUUUUACUGCAGGUGAAAUAUUCCGUCCCAUUGCCUGUGAAGCUCAGAUGCCUACUCAUCAGUAUGUGGCUCGUGUGCCCCCUGUAAAGGUCCCUCCAGUCGCUAUGACCUACUCAGCACCUGUGAUGCAUACUAUUCCACAAAAUGAAGAACCCAUCUUCCAUUCAGGGAACAUGGAGACUUAUGAUGAAAUGAGUAACUUACGAGAAAAGUAUGAUGAACUGCAACGAGACGUGAAAGCUCUCCGUGGGAAAGGAAAAUUUGGAAAGACUGCUUACGAUCUCUGUUUGGUGCCGAAUGUUCAGAUACCUCACAAAUUCAAGAUUCCAGAUUUCGAGAAGUAUAAAGGGAACUCCUGCCCUGAGGAACAUCUAAAAAUGUAUGAGAAGGAUGUCCGCAUAUGCCCAGGACGAUCAGAUAGAAGCGAUCUUCAGGCUAUGACCCAGGGAGACAAGGAAACAUUCAAAGAGUAUGCCCAGCGAUGGAGAGAUACCGCUGCCCAAGUCAGCCCACGUAUAGAAGAGAAGGAGAUGACCAAGAUCUUCUUAAAAACUCUCAAUCAUUUCUACUACGAGAAGAUGGUCGGAAAAGGAGUCCGAGAAGGACGAUUAGUUAAAGAUGGAGCUUCCGACAGUGGAGCUAAGAAAUUUGGGAACAACUUCCCAAGAAAGAAAGCACCGGAGGUCGGUAUGGUGGCCCAUGGGAGGCCUCAGCAAAAUUAUCCAGCUUAUCAACAUGUUGCUGCCAUUACGCCCGCUACCAAUGCUAUUCAACAACCGGGUUAUCAGCCGCAGUUCCAACAGUAUCAUCAGCAACUGUAUCAGCAACAACAACCUCGACCACAAGCUCAAAGGACACAAUUUGACCCGAUCCCCAUGAAAUAUGCGGAUUUGCUCCCAUCAUUGCUAGAGAAGAAUUUGGUCCAGACCAGGCCGCCUCCUAAGGUGCCAGAAAGAUUACUAGCAUGGUAUAGACCUGACAAGUUUUGUGCUUUUCAUCAAGGGGCCCCGGGUCAUGAUACUGAAUACUGCUAUGCUCUGAAGGCCGCAGUCCAAAAGUUAAUCCGAGAUAGAGAUUUGUCCUUCACCAAUCCGCUGCCAGAUCAUGGUACCUAA